UCAAUGUCAAUCGAUCGUUAACCAACACUAGAAAAAAAGACAUAAAACGGGUAGCUGAAAAAUCAGGAUAUCUUUACCAUGGAGACGGAUGCGAAAGCCACCACUAAAGAAGCUGGAAAACCAGACGAAGAAGGCACAGCCAUGGAUACUUCAGAGCCGGGACCACCAUCCUCGAGUGGGAGCAGUUCCAAGACUCUAAAACGCUGUCUAAGUGUGCCCAUUAUACGAUAUAUACCACAACUUACGGCUCCCAUGACCACCAGAUCAGCAGCGGCAGCCGCUAUAGCUGCAGCAAAUGCAGAGCAAGGCGAACAGACGCCCAAGAAGCAGCCACAAGCUAAACCGCAGAGGCAUCAGGAUCCCUACAUGUUGAGAAUGCACAGCAAUCCCUCGACUUCGGGUUCCACCUCUUCUGGGUCUGGUUCGUCGUCGUUGGAUUGCUUUGGCAACAAUAUACACAUUCGUUCCCAGCCGAAUUCUCGGGAAGUGUCACCAGCUCCCAUGUUCAAUAUAUUUACUCCGCGUGCUCGUCGCUAUUCGGCCAGUUACAGCCCGUUGACCCCGGGAGCGGGUGGAGCUUUGUGCCUGGGACCCCGAGUCUCCCAACUGCGACAGGAAGAAUGCGCCGAUGUGAAUAGCCGUGAAGUGAAUCAUGAACGGGAAGUGCAUAGGGAAAUACAAAUUUCACAAAGUUGGGAGGAUUUGACUUUGGUGGCAGAGAAUUGGUCAUGUAAAUCGGAUGAAUUCUCCAAUCCUCUGCAGGUAACAGUGCCAACAACGACGACAUCGGCAACGGGCUCAUCGAGCCCAAGUCCAAGUCCCACUAACAAUCGGGCGGGCAUGCGUCUGCCGUAUUCCCCAUCACCCACCCGACGGACAUUUGCCACGCGGCGUUCAAUGUCGCCCAUAGCCAUGAGGCCAUCUCAGUUGGGUCCAGUUAAAAGGAAAUUCGAACUAGAUGAGAAUCCUCCAGCUGGCAGCAACUGGAAUGUCUAUUCCCCACCGCCCCUAAAGAAGAUCUUCACAGAGAGUCGUGGCUCUUCGCCUGUGUGCCAAUCGCCCUCAUCGAUUUGUGCCAGUCCCGACUCGGGCACAUACGAUGGACGCAUAACUCCCAAACUUUUCAUCUCGAAACUGUGCACCAACAAUGCAGUGGGCAGUGGCGGGAACAAUAGCAGCAGUUCCGGCUGCCCUUCACCUGUAUCGGCCUCACCGAGUGGAGUGGGUGAUAUCCCGGUAAUUGGGAUUGCCCAUCCAACGGAUGCCUUGUGUGGUCAAAGUCAAAGCCAGAGCAUCGAUGAGGGCAUCUCGAUACCUGAGAGUGAGCCAAAUUCUUGCCGGAGUCGCACUUCAUCAAUUGUAUCCACAGCCUCGUCGAGUGCUGCCCAAGUGCUGGUCAACGACUUGGCCCUGGACGAUGCCACGUUGAUGAUGAACGACGAUGCCAAAAGUGAAACCUCAUCCAUUGGUGGCUGCUCCACCAUCAGCAUUGAGUCAUCCUCCUGUGACAGUGGAGCCAAAACGGCAGCCACCUUCCUCAAUCGGCUGAUUGUCGACGAUGGCGGAUCACAGCAGACGCAGCGAAGUUUCUAUAUCAAUAAGCAGGGAUUAUCGGGGGCAAAGAAAUUCAUUGUCAAUCACGAGAACUUGACUGGAAGCACUGCAGCUGCAGCGGCAGCAGUGGCCAAUGCUAGCAAAGAUGGUCAGCAAAAGCUUUAAGUAAUCAUUUAUUUCGAUUGCUCUUCACAAUAUUUUUAGUUUCUAUUUAACUAGAGUUUAUUGUAGUAAUUAUUAUUAUUAAUCAAGAAUUUAUUUGUAAUGGACACUGAAAAGCGAUGAGUCCAUGAGGUUGGUCUUAAUGGAAGAGUUGUGGUCAACUAUUAAAACAAUUAUCAAACAAAAAGUGACCAAAAUGAAGAAAUUUGCAAUACACCAAGCAUAUAGAAUUAGAAGUCAUUUUAAAAGUGAUCAAAAUGAAUUAAUCAUUAAUUAAAGUGUAGACUAAGAAUAUGCUCUAAAAGAGCAGAAUCAAAAUGUCGAUUAGUAUCAAGAAAAUCUGCACUUGAUCACUUUGAUUUCAUUUCACUCCGAACAGGUUACUAAGAUUUAGUUUGAUCUCUUCCAUUUUGACAUUUGCAAAUUAGUUUUUAAAUUUGUUUGUACAGUUGGCUAAGUUGUUUUUAAUUGAGCUAUCCCAAAAUGAAAAAAGAAAACACACUAAAAACCCAUUAUGCAUAUCAUAAAUAAUUCCCUCACCACACAUCGCACUUCAAAUGUAUAGCUAAAAUAUUGAUCUAGUUUCUUGAUUCAUAUAUAAAAUUGUGUAUUUUAGCCUUAAUUCCUGUCCACAACAUUAAAUUGUAUAUGCAAGUAGGUUUGGUUAUCCAAAAAUAAUUCAAAUUAACAUAAUUGUAUCUAGUAGACUGUCAUUUAUCUGUUUUUAUGUUUAGCUAGCACUCAUUAUGUGUCAUUGUCCUUUCCAAUCAUCUAAAAUGUCAAUCCAAUUUUUGCCAAAUAUGUUUCCUCUUAUGUCAUAAAGUAUAUAUAUUAUAUAGAAAUCCUUAUAUAUUAUUGUGUGAGUACUGAAUGACCCACAAUCCUCGAAGUAUAUGUAUAUCUGCGUAUAUACCAUUUACAUAAAUAUGAUCUACCACAUUAUACCAUACUAUAUAUACGUAUACAUAAACAGGCAAAAGAAAAGAGAGAAACGAAAAAUUAAAUAGUUUUACGAUCGAUUUAAAUAUCGUACAGAUGAUGUUAUAUUUAGAAAUGCAAAAAACUAAAAGAAAAUGAGCAAAACAAAUGCCUAUUAAAACGUUUUUUUUUGUCAAAUAGAA